CGUCGUCACGUUUGGCGGCCGAACGUCAAGUCAGAAGCCGCUGCCGCUGAUCCACCCGGCUGUGCUUCAGACUUCAACGGGAACCCCUCCGCCACCCUCCGGUCGUCGUGUAUACGGAUUAUCUAUUGAUUAUUUAUCGACGUUUCUACUGAGUAUCUUGCAUGGCACGACGGACUAAACACUGCUCUGUCACUCUUGAAACCGACCAUCGUGCGCGCCCCCAACAACACUGACCACCUUCUGUCCCUGGGUGCGCGCCAUAUUUAGCGGGGUCCUUUCAUUUUCCCCCAGACUGCUAGGCAGCGCUUGAUCCCUUCAUCUCUUCUCUGGCAGGCUGCUCCGUGCACCUUGUUUCAACCUCGCCAUGGCCGACAAGCCUAUCCUCAAGACUUCCAUCCCUUCUGCUCACGCGGCCUCGACUGCGCAGGCUCGUCCCUCACAGCCCAGGCCAGCAGGGCCUAUGAGACAGCAGCAGCAGCAGCAGCAGCCCCCACGACGACAGCAACCUCCGUCGCAGCAGAGCAAGCCAGCUCCAGACCCGCGCCAUCUGGCGAUUGCUAUGCACCAUGCGCACCGAAUCCAAGCUCAAAAAGACGCAGAAUCCCUAAUUCUGGAUCGCAUCCUCGAGCUCGUCUCCUUCCCAACCGCUCCAAAUGCAGACCCCGCAGCGCCCUCUGCCAGCGACGCGAAGGCCCUCAAAUCGGCCCUUCGGCCAUUCCAACCAGCUGACUACGAUAACUUGAUUCUGGAGCGCAACAUCGAGGGUCUGUGUGGGUAUGCACUCUGUCCGCGAGAACACCGCAAGGAGGACCCCAAAACGAAAUUUCGAAUCGUAUGGGGCGCCAAGGGCAGCGGAGCAGGUGGCCGUGGGCGCGAGAUGAAGGUGGUCCCCAAGGAAAAGCUGGAGAUGUGGUGUUCGGAUGAAUGUGCGGAGCGUGCCAUGUACGUUCGUGUGCAGCUGACGGAAGAGCCGGUCUGGGAGAGGAGAGCGGAUGAUGGGCGAGGAAAAGAGAUCUUGCUACUGGAAGAGGCCAGGGCUAUGAAGGGUGGAAAUCACAAGGGCAAAAAUGUCCCGACAGUCCGAGAUGUUGUGGACGGUUUGCGCCAUCUGGAUAUGGGGGGAGGGAGUAGUCGGGAUGCAGAGAUGCUGGAGGAUAUGAGCCGGUUGGCCGUCAGCGACGACAGGGACGGCUCGAGGGAGCUUGCUGUCGAGCGAGGCGACUCCAAUCCCGCAUUCCGCGCGGGCAGAGUCGAUGUUCAUAUCGUAGAGAAAGACCAAGCCACUGCCGCUGCCGCUCCCGUGCCUCGACCUGAGGACUAUGCAGGAGGAUCAAUCGAAGGUUAUACCCCGAGGGACGCGAGACCUGAUGCUGGAAACGCUCAGGAUGAGGAUGAUGACAAUGAUAUGCUCGACAUGAUUUGAACGGCACGUUGUCUUGGACCGGAAAAGUUUUUGAUACAUAGAGGCGUUCAUGGAUGAUACCCCGGGUCAGGGUCUACGAAAUUGUGAAAUAUAUAACUACCGGUCAUUGAUGCAGCAUUGCAGCUCCGUUAAAGGAGAGAAAAAGCGCACAAUGGCACAUCAAUGACCCCUACGUGCGCCAGUCUCUGUUCGUAGUCUCCCAUUUCUGAGAAUAAGCAACCGAACAUCGACUUGGACACAAUCACCAGUAGCAACACUGGGAGUAGAAGGGGAAAAAUUGGCGAUCAAGCUUCAUCUCCAUGU